AUGGCGUCUUUUAACGUCAACAUCCUUCUGUCGUCCUUCCCUGGACUGUCACUGCCAUCCACUCUCUUCUCCUUGCCUUCAACCUCCAGCAUCUCCGACUUGACCGAGAAGGUCGCAUCCUAUCUUCCAUCAUCGCUGUCGCUUCAGUCCCUUGUCCUCACUACUACCAACAACAAACAGAUAACCUCUUCCGCCAACACUUUGCAAUCACUCUUAACCGACCGUGAUGGCAACUCCGGUGGCUCGUCACUUCUCCCGCUCCGCCUUUCCGUUCCCCUAUGCGGCGGUAAGGGUGGUUUCGGAUCGCAGCUGCGUGCCGCAGGUGGCCGCAUGUCCAGUAAGCGCAAGCGCAACCAGGGUGAUAAUAACAGCUCGAGUCGCAACCUUGACGGCCGCCGCCUGCGCACUGUCAACGAGGCCAAGGCUCUCGCGGAGUACCUCGCGGUCAAACCUGAAAUGGACAAGAAGGACAAGGAAGAGCGCCGUCGCCGGUGGCAAGCUGUCGUUGACAUGGCAGAGAAGCGCCAAGAGGAAUUGAAAAACGGUGGAGGAAAGCAAAAGAUUGAUGGUCAAUGGAUGGAGGACAAGGAAGAAAUGACUGAGAAGCUCCACGAAGCCGUCAUGGCUGCUAUGAAGGACGACUCAUGGACUGAUAGCCUCCGCGACGCGGUCCUGGGCGGGUCCAGCACCAGUGCCAGCGAAGGCAGCGAUCAUGCAGAAUCGUCUACCUCCGAUGAAGAUGAGGAUGAUGAUGAGCAUGCUUUACCCUCAGCUGUUCCAGGUCCCUCUGCACCAGUGACAAAAGCUGCACCUCGCCGCUUCAUCGGAUUCGACGAUGAUGAUGAGUUCAUGAGUGACUCUGAUGAAGAAGAGGAUGUCUCUACAGGCAAGGGCAAGGGCAAGGCGCGCGCUUGA